AUGCUAAUAAAAAUCGACAUGAACAAUGGAUAUCGAAGUGGUAAUUAUAAGGUAAAAGGUGCCUUUGUAGACAUCACACAUGUUUGUGAACAAACAGCUCGUCAAUAUGAACACAAUGCAAUUCCAAUGAGAGUUGUAAAACCUGGUAGAAAGCCAGAUCGACUAGAUCCUUCAUUUAUGUACAUGCAAAUUAUCAAAGAAUUCGAUGACGACUAUUACUACGAGACAUUUGUGAACAAUGAAAUCGAUCGGAAAGAAAGUGAAGGCAACUGGAGUAUGAAUAUCCACUUUGAAUUGUGCUCUGCCGGUGAUGAAUGGUGA